AUGAACGGCAAGAAACUCCUCACCACGCCCAUGGCGCUCAAACAGCUUCAAAGUCUGCCACCUUCUCUGCGCCAGUCCAUCCUCCGCGUCCACCACCUCCGAGACGCACCCCUAGUACCCAUACCUUCAACCUCGAUACCGAGAACGCUCUCCCGCUCAUCUUCAUCCUCAUCCCCCCCCUCGACAUCCCCCAACGCUGACCCUAACCGCAUCAUUCGCCCUCUGGUGCCUCCUCCCCGUGAGGGAUCCGGCCCUUUACUCUCCCGCCGACCCGACCGCGCGCUGCCCGACCUCCCGGCCGGAAUCUCAGUCUGGCUGAAGACCCUCCCGAUCUUCGUCCUCCUGAUCACAGUGUCCAGCCUGGCGAUCUUCAACUACGAGAAGUCGACGUCCAGCACCGUCAACAGCAUCCUGUACGCAUUGCGCACCAACAUCCACGCCCGCGACCUGCUGGGCGAUGAGAUCUACUUUGCCAGCAAGCUGCCGUGGAUCAGUGGCGAGUUGAGCCCCAUGCAAGGCGUCAUCAACAUCAGGUUUCGGGUGAAGGGGACAAAAGGGGUGGCGGAGACGAAGUUCGUGGCCGUGAAGCGGAGAGGCGGCUUCUUCGAGACCUUGGAGUGGAGCCUCCGCGGCGACGACGGGACGGAAGUGCAGCUGUUGGAGAAGGAGGGGACGACGGAUCCCUUGGAGGGCCAGAGGUUAGAUUGA